GGAGCAGCAUGUUGGGCUGAGCGUGGCUAUAUAGCUGGCGGCGGGCACGCGUGCCGCGGCAUCGCGCUAGGGACGCCGCCACCUAAUCCCGCGCAGCAGCCCUGUCCUCCCGCUCAGCCGCGCAGGUUGAAUCGACCAAAGCAAUGGUUAUGGAGAAGCCUAGUCCCCUGCUGGUCGGGCGGGAGUUUGUGCGACAGUACUACACCCUGCUGAACCAGGCCCCGGACAUGCUGCACAGAUUUUAUGGAAAGAACUCUUCCUAUGCCCAUGGGGGCUUGGAUUCCAAUGGGAAGCCAGCGGAUGCGGUCUACGGGCAGAAGGAAAUCCACAGGAAAGUGAUGUCACAAAACUUCACCAACUGCCACACCAAGAUCCGCCACGUGGAUGCCCAUGCCACUCUGAAUGAUGGGGUGGUGGUCCAAGUGAUGGGGCUGCUGUCUAACAACAACCAGGCUCUGCGCAGGUUCAUGCAGACCUUUGUCCUUGCUCCUGAGGGCUCUGUUGCUAACAAGUUCUAUGUUCACAACGACAUCUUCAGAUACCAAGAUGAGGUCUUUGGUGGCUUUGUCACUGAACCUCAGGAUGAAUCUGAGGAAGAAGUAGACGAACCUGAAGAAAGACAGCAGACACCUGAGGUGGUGCCUGAUGAUUCUGGAACUUUCUAUGAGCAGACGGUCAGCAACGACUUGGAGGAGCAUUUAGAGGAGCCUGUUGUGGAGCCAGAGCCAGAACCGGAGCCGGAGCCGGAGCCAGAACCUGUGCCUGACAUCCAGGAGGACAAGGCUGAGCCUGCGUUGGAGGAAGCUGCUCCUGAGGAUGUGCAAAAGAGCGCUUCCCCGGCCCCAGCGGAUGUUUCCCCAGCACAGGAGGACUUGAGGACGUUUUCUUGGGCAUCUGUGACUAGUAAGAACCUUCCUCCCAGUGGGGCUGUUCCAGUGACGGGGACACCACCCCAUGUGGUAAAAGUGCCGCCUUCACAGCCCCGUCCAGAAUCUAAGCCUGAAUCUCAGAUUCCACCACAAAGACCUCAGAGAGAUCAGAGAGUUCGAGAGCAACGGAUCAAUAUCCCUCCUCAGAGAGGACCCCGGCCAAUCCGUGAGGCUGGUGAACCAGGAGAUGUGGAACCUCGAAGGAUGGUGAGGCACCCUGACAGUCACCAGCUCUUCAUCGGGAACCUGCCACAUGAGGUUGACAAAUCGGAACUGAAGGAUUUUUUUCAAAAUUAUGGGAACGUGGUAGAGCUGCGCAUCAACAGUGGCGGGAAGUUGCCCAACUUUGGUUUUGUUGUGUUUGAUGAUUCUGAGCCUGUUCAGAAGGUCCUUAACAAUAGGCCCAUCAUGUUCCGAGGCGCUGUCCGUCUGAACGUGGAAGAGAAGAAGACGCGGGCUGCCAGGGAAGGCGACCGCAGGGAUAACCGCCUUCGGGGACCCGGAGGCCCCCGAGGUGGGCCGAGUGGCGGGAUGAGAGGCCCUCCGCGCGGAGGCAUGGUGCAGAAACCAGGCUUUGGUGUGGGCAGGGGGAUUGCAACUCCAAGGCAGUGAAUUGCUUGGCCCAGAUCUCCACACAGCACACAGCCCUGGCUCCUGCAGAAUGGUGAAUUCCUUCAACCAGCCUUUGGUGUCUUGGAGUAGUCUAUUAUAAACUGCUCAAGUUUGUACAAUUUUAAUUUUGCUUGUGUUCAUGGUGUGUGCCCCCCACUCCCCCCUUUCCUCCCCUGACCUUUUAGUCUUUCACUUCCAGUUUUCCGGAACGAUACUUUAGGAGGAGUAGGGUUUUAAAGAAGAGGAGGGAGUCUCACCUUCCUGCUCACGCUGCAGAUAAAGACUGGAGUGUGACGGCCAUUCCCCAAAGGAGCGCGUCUCACUUCUCACUGACAAUGGAUGUUUCAUUUGUUGGGAGACACAAGAUUUGAUAAACAUUUUGGAAGCAGGAAAAAUCCAUGUUAUCUGUCAAGAGUCACGACUCCUUUCUGGUGUGGAAAAAUUGCCUUUGGGCAACUGCCACUGGGUCCCCCCUGGUGUGGCUAACUGAAUAAAAGGUGUUUCCAGAACUUUGUUCUUUUGACAUGUGAUUACCAAACAGUUCCAAACCUCUGUUUUUGCCAUUGGAUUUUAAAUUGUGACGUAGCCUGUCAAUGUCUAGAACGCAGCUAAGGAUUUUUGUUGAACUGUUAGUUUUUUUGAGGUAGAGUUUUUCAUGUUUUAUUUGUAUUUGUAAAAAAAAGAAAAAAAGGACAAAAAAUCCCCGCAAGAAAACAAACCCCAAAUCUGAUAACAAAACCAAGCAAAACUGUGCCUUCUAUUUAUCUUUGAUUCCGGUCCUGGCAAUUGUUUAAAGAAAAGUAAUAAAGAUUCUAGAUUUGUUUUCAGAUUCAGAGUAUGUGGGGGAACUGUAGAAUUUUUUUGAUCACGUGUAUGUGUCGUGUUAACAUUGUUCUGCCUUAUCCUAAAAUCACGCCUCAGACUGGAUCGCUUUGGAGGAAGGUGCUUCUGUGAGGCCUCUGACCUCAGUGGCUGACGGGCCGCGUCCUACUCUGCUGUCUAUCGGGUUCCUGAUUGGCCCCUCAGAAGGAAUUGGCUUGAAUCUUGGACUUAGCUAAUGUGCUCCAGGGUCUGCAUAUUUUUUUUUCUUUAAAUCAUAGCCAUAUGGUAAAUUUUCUAUUUUGUUACGGUUCUCUUACUGAUGGACAUGCAGUGGGUAUUUCAUGGAAAAGGCCAAUUUUUAUUAAAAUAUUUCUGGAAGAAAACUUCAUCUGGCAAUGUAGACUGCUAAAACUCACUUCACAGUGUUGUGUUGAGUGCUGUGUAUGAAGUGGGUGAAGGUUUUCUCCAUAUAGCCUCGGUGUAUGGACAACCAGAUUGUCAAAUCUAACUUUUCCUAAUGUUAUUUGUGUGUAUGAGUGUGUGUGUGUGUGGUGUGUUCACACAAGGGUAUACCACAGCGUACUUGUAGGAGUCAGAUUGGGUGGCAGUCCUUAUAGUCCACCCUGUUUGAGACAGUCUUAUUUUUCUUUGCAUAGGCCAGGCUAACUGGCCUGUAAGCCACAGGCAGUCCAGGGACUGCAGAUGUGUGCCAGGGCUGGCUUUUCUGUGGGUUCUGGGGAUUAGAGUCAGAUUUUCACACUUGCACAUACCGUGUUUGUCAUCUCUCCUGUUCAUUUUGAAAAUGGUCAUGGAUAGGUAAGUUCUAGUUUGGACGAAAAUGAGAGGUUAUCAGUUUGGGCUCAGUACCUCACAGAUCUGAAUAUUGGCAGCAUCUACAGGUGAUGACUGACUUACGGUCAGUUUAAAUAUCUUCAUUUGUUUCAGGCCAGUGAUUAUAGGAAAGGGUUCAGCAGGUAUUUUGUAUAGAUUACAUAAAGUGUUGGAUGGCGCAUGGCUUUAAUCCAGCACUCGGGAGGCAGAAGCGCGUGCGUCUGUGAGACUAACCUGGUCUAUGAAGCAAGUUCCAUUUUAGCCAAGGCUGCAGAGUGUGACCUUGUCAAAAAACAAAGGCAGCCAAAGAGAGAAAAAAGGUACCUCAGACUACUUCUGAAAAACACUGAAGCAGUGUACGUUGGCACAGGCCUGUAGUCUCAGAUAAUAGGCCUUGGGCACAGGAAAAUCUCAAGUUCAAAGCCAGCCUGACCUAUGAAACAUCUGUCUCGGUAACUCAGUAAAUCUAAAAAUGAUUUUCACAAUUGAGUACUAAGUCAAAUAGAAGGUCUUCCUAGCCAGGAGUACUAACCCAAAGAGGUGAUUGGCGUUUGGCUGUGUAAGUUGAGGUGUCAUGGGAUCAUGGCUCUGCCCCUUACAUUCUUUGUGACAUCUGGAUUGAUCUGAAAAAUAAAGCAAUCUCCUGUGGGUACAGGUAAUGGUGGUGGGAUUGGCAGAUGGAAGGAAGUGCUGUUCUCCAGCCUCAGAUAUGUGACCUCUACUGUGCAUGGGUGUGUUCAUGCAUGUGUGUGUGCGCCCUAAUUGCUUCUGACAGGUUAGGGAAUUACUUGAGCCCCACUUCACAGCAGUGGGGUUGGGAUAGGGGUGCUUUGAGAGGGCAUGGGCCUGACAGGACUUGGUAGCACAGUUGGCACUGAGAGUGAAUGUCAGUCUGCCAAUAUUGGUACCUUGUGAAGCCUAAACCACAGCUUAGAGGCACCCACGGCCAUACAGAAAGCACAGGGUCUCUGUAAGUGACUGACCCUCAGCCUUCUCAGAUGAAAUUAAGAUCUGUAGGGGUGACUCAGUGCAUAUAGUUCUUUGCCAUUGAGCAGGGUCUUAACCAGGACUUGUAUUUUAGUCAAGUUGAGUCCUAGUCUUUUAUUUAUGUGUACAUGAGUGCAUGUUUGUGUGAAUGUUUGCCAUGUGUGUGCAGGUGCUUGGGGAAGUCAGAAGAUGUUGGUGACCCCCCUGGAGUUGGAGUUAAGGUGAGUGGGCCCUCCCAUAGAGGUGCUGGGAACCGAACUCGUGUCCUGAAAGAGCGGCAAGAUGCUCUUAGCCACUAAGCAUCUCUCUCUCCAGCCCUGAGACUCUGUUAGAAGUAAGUAAAUCUUAACCAAAACUGUUUCAUUUGCUUUCAUGGUGAGGUAGUAUUCCUGCCUUCUUCAGUCUCAGCUGCUGCUGGGGAGCCAGUGUGGGUUGGAUAGUUAAAAUAAGGGCCCGAGGCACAUACUUGUCCUGGUGCACAGAAGGCUGGGUGAGAGAGGUUUGAGUUCAAAAUCAACCUUGAUUAGAAAGCAUGAACUUGUCUCAAACGCAAUACAACAGAAAACAAGUGAACCCAUUUAAUUUUCAUGUCUACCUUGUGGAUUAUGGCACAGUAACAAGGGGAGGAGAUGGCCUGAAGCAGUUGGAUGAGCAGGCAGGGCUUCUGUGUGAUGUCUUCUGUGUUUAACAGGAGCCCAUUUCCAGCUGGGAGCUGGGUAUUCUUGAGCGGGAUUACCACUGCACAGACCUGAGUUGUGGCAACACUCAACAUAGCGCCCUGUUCCUUUAGGAAAGUAAGCUCAUUGACUGCCUUCUACUGACCUGGUGUUCCGCCCCCACCGCCCUUAGGGAUGGAUACAUUUACUAUCUCAGCAAGUGGUUUUUUGUAAGGAGGGUAGGGAAGAGUACAAGUGUGUGAUGUGUACAUGUCUGUAUGGAAGCCUGAGGAUAACCUUUAGUUUUCCUCAGGAGUCAGCUACCAUGUCUUUUGUUUGUUUUGAGAUGAUCUCACUAUGUAGCUCUAGCUGUUCUGGAACUUGAUACAUAGAUUAGGCGCCUCUUUAACUCAGUAACAUCUCCCUCUGUCUGUCAGAAGUUGCGCCUGGGCCAUGCACUUGCAGUCUGAGUAGGUGUACAGGGAGGCACCUACGAUGAAGUCCCUAAGUGAUGGCUGAGCUGGUGGUACCAGCACACUGGGCUCUACCUUGUUUUGUUUUUUAAAUAAGUCUUUUCACUGGGACCUGUUCUCACUAAGCUAGGUGGCUGGCCAGUGAGCUCAGGGGAUCCUCCUGCCUGCCUCCCCAGUGCAGGGAUUACAAAUGUGUCCCAUGACACACAGCUUCUGUCUUCUGCAGAUUGAACUCAGGAUCUCAUGCUUGUGUGGCAAGUACUUCACAGAAUGAACAAUCUCUCUCUAAUCUUGCUAAUGUGAUGUUUUAAUAGCUGAAACUCAGCUGUCACCUUCUCUGAGGUCCUUUGGCAUUCUAUAUUUGGUAUGUUGGUGCUUUUAGUUCCCAGGAGCAGGGUUUUGGGUAGAAACACCACCCUGUUGUGUUCCUGCCAGGCUAUGUGUGUUCUGCGGUAUGUAUCAACGACAUGCUAUUCUUUUUUCACUUGACUCACUUGUGGGGUGAGGCUCUAGCAUGUGGAAUGACAAAAAUCCCCAUAAUACUCCUGGACAUGCUGAGCCCAUAGCUUCCCGUGCCUUCUCUUCCCUGAACAUGUAUGUUCCUCUGUCUCCAGUCCCAUCACUCCCUUAUGUUUUUGUCAAGACUCAGUUCACUGUUAAGAAUUGUAAGUGAACAAACUCACCUCCCCCUUCAUUUCGUUUUGUCCCUGUUCGAAGUUCUGUCCCAUUCAUCAUCCUAAGCAGUGUCUUCCUAGAUGACUCUCAUGGUUCAGCCUGGAGUCAGAAUUAGCUGUUUUACCACCGUGUUAAGUUCUUAGGGAACUGAGAACUGAUGCUUAAUUCCUGUAUCCCACUGGGAGGCACCUACCUUGAAGUGAUGGCUGAGUCUGUGGCUGGAGAUAGCCUUCAAUCAAUUUCAGAUUGUGUGACAUUUCAGUACAGGAGAUUCUUGGGAGACUGGGGGCGAGAGGGGGCAUUCAUGAGGAGGAAGUCCCGGGUCUAAGUAUUCUUCCUGGGUGUCCUUAGUCCAUUUUAGGCAUUGUCCCUGCAGAACAACUGUUUUCUCCCUUGUUUACUCAUGCUCCACCCUACCAGGAGUGAGUGGUCAGUUUCCCUCCUUGCUCCCUGCAUCCAGUCUUCAGAAAAGUCCCAUCAUGCUACCUCGACAGACUUGACACCACACUUCUCCCACCUCCGUUUCAUGGGUCUUCGCCUCUUUAGUCUUUCUGAAACAGCCCUGGCCUUGUAUCCCACACAUGUGCUGUCUCACUACCCCCAUAGACUGUAAGCCUUUUGUGGCAGGAUCUGUCCGUCACCUUUGUUAACCCCCAAUGGUGUCCACCAAUAAAUAUUCUUGACUAAA